AUGCUAGCAAGAGUCUUGUUUAGGAAUAAGUUUUCACCUUUGAAACUUGGCCCAUUCCUUCUGGGAACAGGUUACACCUUGGGGAGAUUUGUCUCCACUAAUGAACAAUUUAAGGUUCACAAUGAGACCAGAACAAAUGCACUGAAAAAGAACUCCUCCACGCACAAGAUUAAUAUUGACGAAUUGUUAAAGAGCUCUAUACCAGAGUUGUCGUUUAAAGAUACCAUGAAUGACGAUUUCGGAUUCGAAGCAACGUCUCGUGAGCCCAGCCCGCGUGAAGUUGCUAGAGGAAUACGCGAGUUUGGUACAAAUGCCGGAAGAAGUGUUAAUGUGUCAUACAAGAAUAUCCCAAAGGCGUUUACUCAAGUGAAGAGGGUGGUAAAUGAGAACAAGAUUAGAUAUUUGCAAAAGGUACAAUCGAGAUAUAUUCGACCUGCUAAAUACAGAAAACAGUUGAAACGUGAGUGGUGGAGAAGAAAGUUUUUAGUGGGAUUUAAGGAUUUGUUGGCACAAGUCAAUGAUGCGAGAAGAAGAGGAUACUAA